UUUAUUUUGAAAUCUUCUCGGCUGUCGCAGUGCACGUCUGUCAUAGCGUCAGUGUCGCGUUCAGGGAAGAAGCGAACUUGCAUCGACGGAUAUCACGUCGCUGCGGUGCUCGAACUUCACACCAGUUAUGGACACCUGCCUUUUCAACUAAUCCACCUCUCCAUGUCCCCAGGGCCAUGAGCCCACCUAUCUUCAGUCUACAGUAUGAGCCUCCGCACCGUAGGGGGCGCUGUACUCAGCUCCCUGGGUCCUAGUCUGGCCGCUCAGGCCGGGGGAACCUGGAGCUCCUUCUCUUUAAGACCCAUACCCUCCUUGUUUCAAACCAUGGUACCUUCCGGCUACACCGCCCUACAGGAGGAACGGUUGGCCAUGGUGGACCUCGGCACACCCAAACCAGAGCCCAUCAAGAACGGCUUCCACCGUGAGUCCCGGCGUCACUCGGACCGGAGCACCCGUACGUCCAUCAGCCUUUCUGAGGCGGCAGAGGGUCGAUAUGCGGAGACUGAACCCAUGCUGCCCGACGUCAGGCUUUCAGGAGAAGAAGCGGAUGAAGAAGAGGAGAGCGAUGAGGAAGGGCAGCAGCCGACAGCCAGAAACAUGCCCAAAGAGUCGCCGCUGGCCAUGGCGCUGCAGAUACUGGUGCCCUUUCUCCUGGCUGGCUUCGGGACGGUUUCGGCCGGAGUGGUACUGGAUAUAGUACAGCAUUGGGAAGCUUUUAAGAACAUCACUGAGAUCUUCAUCCUGGUUCCUGCCCUCCUCGGUUUGAAAGGAAACCUGGAGAUGACUCUGGCCUCCAGACUUUCCACAGCGGUGAAUGUGGGGAAAAUGGACUCACCCAUAGAGAAAUGGAAUCUCAUUAUUGGAAACUUGGCAUUGAAACAGGUGCAGGCCACAGUCAUUGGCUUCCUGGCAGCGGUAGCGGCUGUGGUACUGGGAUGGAUUCCUGAAGGAAAGUUCCAGUUCAAUCACGCAGUGCUACUGUGUUCCAGCAGUGUCGCUACAGCCUUCAUAGCAUCUCUGCUGCAGGGUAUAAUAAUGGUGGGUGUGAUUGUGGGCUCUAAGAAGACGGGCAUCAACCCUGAUAAUGUAGCCACGCCCAUUGCCGCCAGCUUUGGUGACCUCAUCACGCUGGCCAUCCUGGCCUGGAUCAGCCAGGGCCUCUACAACUGUCUGGACUCUCACCCAUACGUGUCAUCUCUGGUUUGUGCCUUCUUCAUGUGUCUGACCCCGCUGUGGAUGGUCAUCUCCUCCAAACACCCAGCCAGCCGUCAGCUGCUGUACUCGGGCUGGGAGCCUGUUAUCACCGCCAUGUUCAUCAGCAGUAUUGGAGGACUUAUCCUGGACAAAACUGUGUCUGAUCCCAACCUGGCUGGAAUCGUGGUGUACACACCUGUGAUCAAUGGUAUCGGGGGAAACCUGGUGGCCAUUCAGUCCAGCCGUAUCUCCACCCAUCUGCACUUUCACAGCGCUCCCGGAGAGGUGCCCGACGAGGCCAAAGGCUGUUACUAUCCCUGUCGUACCUUCUGUGGCACAGGGGCUAAUCACCGCUCAGCACAGGUACUGCUGUUAUUGGUCGUUCCUGGUCACAUGAUCUUCCUGUACACCAUUGAUCUGAUGGAGAGAGGUCACACCUCACUGACGCCCGUCUUCAUGCUUGUAUAUUUGGCUGCUGCUCUUUUCCAGAUGGAAGGAGACAGCAGCACCACUGACGCCACUCAGUUAGGAAUAACAGGAGAGUUUAUGACUGGAGGGACAUAUGUCUUACAGGCACAGGAUGAUGACGGAGAUGAAAGUUUUAAUGACAAUGAAGACGGAAAUGGCAGCAAAGAUAAUUUCAGAGAGCAAGAUAUUUACCUCCCUAUUGCCAACGUGGCCCGCAUCAUGAAGAACGCCAUCCCGCAGACCGGAAAGAUCGCAAAAGAUGCAAAGGAAUGUGUGCAGGAGUGUGUGAGUGAGUUUAUCAGCUUCAUCACGUCCGAAGCGAGUGAGAGAUGCCAUCAAGAGAAACGCAAGACUAUAAACGGAGAGGACAUUCUGUUCGCAAUGUCCACGCUGGGGUUUGAUAUGUACGUGGAGCCCCUUAAAGUUUACCUACAGAAGUUCAGAGAGGCAAUGAAAGGUGAGAAAGGCAUCGCUCCUGUAACCGGCAACGAGGGCCUUGGAGAAGAACUCACUGAUGAGACUUUUACCGGUCAGAUACCUGCAGGACUGAUCACUGCAGAUGGCCAGCAGCAGAAUGUGAUGGUGUACACCACUUCAUACCAGCAGAUCCCUGGUGUUCAGCAGAUACAAUUCUCAUGACUUUAGAAAGGAGUGGACCUUGUCCGUUGGCCUGUCCAGAGACAAACUAAUCUCUUACAAAGUUGCAGGUCAGUGCGGGAAGACGAAGAGAUGGCUGGUUAUCACAGCAGGGAAAAAAGUGCCUGUUGCCAGUCUUGCUGAUUUAUCAUUCACUCAAGGGAUGUCUUCUUAAUUCAUUCAGUAUUAUAUUCAGGCCAAUAUUUCCGUAAGCUUGCUAAAGGUCCUUGGUGCAGGCCACACUAAAUUAUGAGUCAUUAUUUGUUCCUUGUAUUUAACAUUUUUUUAGAGGAAGGGGCAGUGGGAAAACAUGAUGGACCGAUCUUUGACAGCGGAGGGAAUUCUCAUUUGAUGUCUAAGGUCUUAAUGAACCUCAUGUGAAUUAUUGUAAUGCUGUUUUUUCUAAAUAAAAAUGUUUGAAUGUUGUUCCAGA